ACAAAAGCCCCGCCCUCUACUGGUGCUGCUAUAGAAACCCAGAUGCCCCAUGGCUGCCGCCGGUGGCAAGAAAGUGACUUUGAGAGUGCCCGUGGCAGACACACCCAAGUUACCUUCACCACCACCUCCGCCGCAGCCCUCAGCACCCGCCCCCAGGAGGCCUAAGAAGUAUCUGGUGUAUCCGAACCUGCCGAAGAGCUGCCGCCUGUCUCCGACCCUCCUGCGCUGGCUCCAGGGCCUGGACCUCACCUUCUUCCCCAGGAACGUCAACAGGGAUUUUUCCAACGGCUUCCUGAUCGCAGAAAUAUUCGCUAUACACUAUCCCUGGGAACUUAGGCUGUCCUCCUUCAGAAACGGAACUUCCUUGAAAGUCAAGUUGGAUAACUGGGCACAGUUGAAAAAGUUCCUGGCCAAAAAGAACCUGAAGUUACCUAAAGAACUAAUCUAUGGAACAAUUCACUGUAAGUCAGGAGUACCCGAAAUCCUGAUACAAGAAGUUUACACCUUGUUAACACAGCGAGAAAUUAAAAGUGUCCAGGAUGACCCUGUGAAUUUCACGGACUACAGUUACCAGAUGCAGUUGCCUCUGGUCCCUCGGUCGACAGCUUCGAAGUCUAUCAAAGAUAACAUUAGGGUGUCCGAAUUAAUCACUAAUCCCGACAUGCUCAGCAAUGAAUUUAAAGUCGAUUUCCUCUUCCUUUUACAAAUGUUGCGAAGAAAAAUAAGCAGAAGGUUGAAUCCAAAACGGUUUGAGGUCAAACCGACUGUGGGAGAACUCACUCUCGAUCGCCUUCCCGCGCGGGCCCCUCGACACAAGCCGAAAUCCGUGACUUCCAGGCAGACAGCGGUUCCUGCUUUACGUAAGGGUUUUUGUCGUUCUAUGUUCACCUUUCUUUUUCCCUCUUAAAAUGAUUUUUUAGGUCUUUGUUCCUUUGAAUUUUUAACCAUAGUUAAACGUUGGUCUGGCAUCCAGUCUAAAACGGGGUGCCGCAGGUUGGUGGCGUGCCGUGCUCCCGGUAGGAAGAGGGAC